GCUGUACAAAACACCAACUUGCCACGGCCCACAAUGCCAAGAGUCGACUGUUAAUGUGCAAUACUUGGUCUAUGUACUACUAUCUAGCCAGGUUCCCUUGACUCCGGAGUAACCCGACUCCAGAACACUUAGUUAACCCCAGACCUUCAGCUUGCCAUGACGAAGCACAGUAAGAAUAACACGGCAUCUUCUGUAUUCUCAUACGCUGAGAGACAGAAGGCGGAGUAUGGUACUAAACGGCAACGCCUGGGCAAUGAAUCUAUGCGAAAUUUUGAUGCAUGCGCUUUGUGCUUACAACGAGCGAGAGAGCCAAUAGCAUGUGAUCAAGGUCAUUUAUUCUGCAAAGAGUGCGCGUACACUGACCUAUUGACGCAGAAAAAGGAUAUUAAGCGGCAGAAGGAACGGCUUGCGCAGCUGAAGAAAGAAAAUGAAGAGGAGAAAGAGAGGGCCAGAGAGGCAGCGAGGGAACGUGUACUUCGCGACUUCGAGAAGGGUCAACUGGGAUUGUCUGCAAACCUGCGGUCAGUUGCAUCUGCGUCUGGCGUCGAAGCGAAAGAUUCCCGAUCAUCGAAGCGGAAGCUUGACUUCGACUCUUCAACAGUUGAAGCUCUUACCCGAGAAGCUGAGGAGGCAGCCCUAAGACAGAUCGAACGAGAGCAAGCGGAGUCAUUACGACACAAACUACCGGAUUUUUGGCUGCCUUCGCUAACUCCCACAUACACCUCAGGCAGUUUGCCUAGCUCUCUCAAGGAUGUCAAGGUUCAAACAACAUGCCGCGGAGGGAAUCCACCCCACUCAAUAACUCUGAAGUCAUUGGUGCCUGUGAAGUUUACGUUGCUACCCGCUGCGUCGGCUUCGCAAUCACCAGACUCUACCCCCGCGGAGAGCGACAAGGGCAAAACUAAGUCAGAGGAUGCUGGAGUUCCAAUUUGUCCAGCUUGCAAAAGCAAUCUUAACAAUAACAGGGUGAUGUUCCUCAUGAAACCAUGUUCCCAUGUUGUGUGCAAAGUAUGCGUCGAUGAGCUGGUGCGGGUGGCCAAGCAGUGCAUCGUUUGUGAUCACACACUUAACGAUCAAGAUAUGAUCGAAUUAAAGAGAGAAGGCACUGGGUUCGCAGGAGGUGGUAUUGCAGAAGCGAAGAAGACGGGCGUCGCGUUCCAGGGUUGAAAGUUCUCGUAUUCCGACUUGAUAGGUCUUGAUCCGGCUUUCGUUGUUUGUGUUAUCAAUGUUACCCUCAGGCCUCAGCUGAUCGAAUGUGCGCUAUUUUUGAUCAUCCCGCACAAUGAUUUCCGAUUUACCACCCAUGACGUAUUGUCAUUGGAACGUCUGGA